AUGGGCAAAGAGCUGUAUGCGAAAUUCAAAUCCUUCAAGAAUACAUUUACUCUACCCGACAAAUUUUCAAAAAAGCAACGAUCUAUCCGUAACCUGAACAACUGCGGAGAAAGGCUGGUCUGCUCAGGUGUCUUCACCUUUGUUUCCGCUGGAGUUUCCGCCAAUAACGAUAUUGAAUUAGGGCUCUCCAACUACGAAGCUGAUGUGAGACUCGGGCUUCACACUUUUAUGCAUCAUCGGCAACUAGUUGCGCCGUAUUUCCCACCACUGAUGACCUGGAGGUCCAAUGGAGCGCGUAGCUUCUUUUCGGGACACAUGCUCGCCUUCUCUAUUUUAUUAACGGCAUUCGCGAAAGACACGGAGCCGCAGUCUCCUAUGUCACUGGAUGUACGUUUCUCAUUUGUCACGGCUUAA